AUGCCUACCACGUUGUCAAAGACCCGCAAGCAGAUUGCCAAGAAGCGCAACGGACAUGUCGAUGCACUGCACGAGUUUUCCAGAGACUCCAAGCGUCUUCACAAGGCAUCGGUGAGAGACGAUAAGCUGCAGAAGCUUGCGGCCACCAGAGGAAAGAAGGAGCAGCCCAUGCUCACCCGUGCUUCUUACUUCCAAAAGGCUAUUCAGGAGAAGGGCUCUAAGCCGCUCGACCUCGCCACUAUCCAGGAGCUCAUUCACGAUUUUGUGCAUCAGUAUGAUGAAGAGUACGCCGAGGUCAAGAAGACCCGCCGUCCGGGCCGCCCUGCGAGCGCCAAGGAGGACUUGCUCAAGCUGAAGAUCUCCACCCUUGAAGACGAAUACAAGGGAAACGGCUUCUACCUUCCUGACCUCACAAAUGACUCCAACAUCCUGAUGCUCGAUCGCUGGGAGGGCUCUUGGGCCUACCUCGCUUCCGUUGCGUGGGUGAGGAUAAAUGCCGACGGCAACAUCAAGAAGUCCAGCUUCCCGCCCAAGGGCAGCUCCUAG